CGCGGUGAGAGUCUCCUCCCUCACCAAGACACCAAUCAAUCAUGGCAUCACCAAUUGUGACAGCAUCUCUGCAGGCAGGCGUGCUGAGUGCAAUAUCAAACAUACUGGCUCAGCUCAUAACCUGCCACCAAGCAGGGACUAGCUACACCCUGAACAUCGUCGAGCUCCUCCAGUUCGUGACAUACUCGGUCCUUUCUUGUCCUCCGAAUUACCUUUGGCAAGCAUUUCUCGAAGCCCAGUUUCCAGCAUACGCAAACGAAUUGCCGCAAUCGGAGAAAGAGCUCACAGUGGACGAGAACGCAACCAGCUCGGGUGCUGAGAAGAGUCAUGGUGCCAACGGAGGCCUAAGCAGUAGACGUGUCGGAGAGAAAGCGACGGCACCACAGACGAACACAAAGUUGUCUGAGGAUAAAACGAAGAAGCUCAGUCUGAAGAAUACAGCGAUAAAAUUCACUCUCGAUCAAACGCUCGGAUCUGCGAUAAAUACUGUGCUGUUCAUUGCUGGCAUUGCUCUGCUGCGAGGACAAUCGUUGGACACCGUCUAUACAAACAUUCAGCAGCAAUUCUGGCCAAUGAUUUUUGCUGGACAGAAACUUUGGCCUGCUGUGAGCAUCUUGAGUUUCGCGGUAAUUCCUCUAGAGCAUCGAAUGCUUUUCGGCUCAGUCGCAGGACUAUUCUGGGGAGUAUAUCUCAGUCUUGUCAGCGGGUCAGGAAAGCAUUGAGUCUACGACAAAAACCGAUGUCAUCAUUCACGAUUCACGAGCGACGAGCGACCAACUACAGGACUUGUAGAAGCUAGACUACUUUACGGACAGCGUAGACUUGUAAAGUGCUAGGAUCGGAUCUCGCGAGUAUGACCUCUCGUCCUCAAGCUUACAUGUCCUCGGCCGAGAGGACAACGAGGUACACAUAAAGUGGGAUUUGUCCCCUGGUCCUGUCUGGAGCACGGCAAGGGAGAUGAGAGCUCAGUAGAACUUUGAUGCUAUAAUGUCAUGUGAGCCGCCCCG